UAGAAAUUUCCCUCCUCCAUAGUGCAUCUUCCAGCACCGAAACCAUUGAACAAUUGCGCAGUUGCACAGGUGUGGCCAUCUGAGUACUCAACUCAUUGCCACACUGCAGUCUAUCUCACGAGUCAAUGCUCACUCACUGAGUUCACUUGUUGAUUGACCGACGACAAGGAGAAAGAAAAGUGGUUUUCUGAUCCUUACUAGCAUAUGAUACUAGAACUAUACAAGACUCUGGAAAUACCUUCCUACUGAAGAACCCUUCUUUUAAACUGCGCCAAAAACCUCAAGAUUCAAAAACCAAAUCUCCCUUCAUUUAAACAAUGGCUGCUCGAGAACCAGAGAUAAUCACAAGCAAAGAAAAGAUGAGAAAAUGGUCAAGAGCAAUGAGAGCCAAAGGGAAGACCAUAGGGCUAGUACCUACUAUGGGUUACCUUCACAAAGGCCACCUCUCCCUUAUUAAUGAAGCCCGUCAACAUGCCGACCUCAUUGUAGUCUCCAUCUAUGUUAACCCAGGUCAGUUCUCUACCUCCGAGGAUCUUUCGACCUACCCAUCUGACUUUUAUGGUGAUUUACAGAAACUAAUGUCUGUUUCUGGGGGUGUUGAUGUUGUUUUCAAUCCCUAUGACUUGUAUGAUUAUGGUAGUGGGAGGGACAGAGAAGGUGCUGAGAAGAGAGAUAGUGUAAAGGAGGUAUCUUGUUUGGAGGAACGGGGAGGUGGGCAUGAAACUUGGAUUAGGGUUGAGAAAUUGGAGAAGGGCUUGUGUGGCAAGAGUCGGCCCCUUUUUUUUAGAGGGGUGGCUACUGUUGUCAGUAAAUUAUUCAAUAUUGUUGAUCCUGAUGUUGCUAUCUUUGGGAAGAAGGAUUAUCAACAAUGGCGAAUUAUUCGUCGAAUGGUUAGAGAUCUGGACUUUGCUGUCCAAGUAAUUGGAUCAGAGAUUGUGCGCGAAGAUGAUGGUUUAGCAAUGAGUUCUCGUAAUGUUUACCUUUCCCCCGAGGAAAGGCAAAAGGCAUUGUCUAUUAAUAGGUCUCUAUCAAGAGCCAAACAUGCUGCAGAAGAAGGGCAAAUUAAUUGCAAAAAGCUGCAGGAUUCAGUAAUCCUAGCAAUACAGGAAGCUGGUGGCAAAGUAGAUUAUGCUGAGAUAGUGGACCAAGAGACCUUGGAAGCAGUUGAAGAGAUCAAGGCCCCUGUUGUAAUAUGUGUUGCUGCCUGUUUUGGAAAGGCCAGGUUGAUUGACAAUAUAGAGAUUCCUGCCUACGCCUGAUGACGAUAGAACAUAUUUUUAAGGUCUGUUGCUUGCAACAUUGCAGAAUUUACUUUGGAUAAAUUUUACACAUUUUUUGUUGCUUCUUUAAGACAAUGUGGUAAUUUUCAGGCUUUUGUGUGUAUGUCCGAUUAACUUAUGCAAUUAUUAUGGAGUAGUAUAUUAUAAUCAGUUCAUUA